GUGUUCUCUGCAAUCAUUUUGCUGGAAUCAGUGCUGCAAAAGGUCAUAUGAAGGAGUUGUGGGAAGCCCAGCAGGUAUUAGACGCUCAACGACUGGUUUUCCGAUUGCCUCAGAUAAUAGGAAGGAAUUUUGUCUGGGAAGUACAAAUCUGAGAAUGGAGUGGAAAGGGAAGUGCUCCAAAUUUCAGAUAUCCAGAUCUCUAGAAAGCAGAAAUGACCAUGACUGCCAACAAGAAUGCCAGUGUCAACAGCAGAGCUGGAGGGAGUAAAGUGCCACAGGACACUCUGGAUAGGUGUCAGUCAGUCUCUCCACCGCCUCUUUUAUCCCCGCCAAGAAGCCCAGCCUACCCCCUCAGUGACAGCGAGGACUCUUGCCGCUCUGCUCGUCUCACCAAAGUUUCCAACUCCAGACUGCGCCUCAAGGACUGGAGCAGCCGAGCGUCUACCUUGCGAAGCACCUCCACGAGCCCCUCGGACACCGACUCUCCAAGCCACCCUCUCAAAGCCAUCAGCGUGGGUGCUUUGGAUAAAAGGCUGUCUGUGUUCAAGGCAGAGGACCAGAAGGAGAGCCCUAAGGAGGCUCAGGAUGGGGAUACGAUAGGGAGCCAUCCACUCGCCCGGAGCACUCUGUCCUUGGGCGCUGCUGCGAACUUGAGGAACCUCUCCCUCAGCCGGGCGAGCGUCCGCUCACAGGUGCUGGACAUUAGGCAGAAGAUCACAGAAUGGGAGUGCCGCCGGGAACCUUCUCCCAGGAUGAGCACGUGUGUGGACAAGAGGGAUGCUGGGGAGAGGUCGGGCAGUGAGAGCUGCCCUAGCGUGCUCACCUCUCCUUGCAGCGAGAAGACUUUUGAUUUCAAAGGGUUCAGAAGAAUGAGUCGAACGUUUUCUGAGUGUUCUUACCCAGAAACAGAGGAGGAGGAACUGCUGGACAGGGACUCCUGCCAUCGGUUGGAAAAGAGACCAGGCAGGAGUGAGCCUCCUUCUGCUGCUUCCCUGAAGGGCCACGUGAGGAAAGAGUCCUCCGCUGUGCUCAACAGAAUCCAGAAGAUUGAGCAGGCACUAAAAGAGCAACCUGGCAGAGGCCUCCCCCAGUUACCCAGUAGCUGUUAUAGCGUUGACAAAGGGAGGAAAAAGUCUCUAACUCUGAGUACUGUGGAGGCACUGAGUGAAAACCUAAGUGAUAGCAAAGGAGGGAAUGUUAUUUUGGGGAGUGAUCCAGAAACAUCUACGGAGGCUGAAAAAAACAGUAAGAUGAAACAAGGGGUUACUGCAAACUUGGCUGGCCCGAAAGUGCUCCUUGAAAGCCCAGCUAACACAGUGGUGAAUCCUGUCCCCAAGCCCAAACGCACUUUUGAAUAUGAAGCUGACAAAAAUCACAAAAGUAAAGCGAGCAAUGGCCUACCUCUGUCUCCUACGCCUGCUGCUCCUCCCCCCCUCCCAUCCACCCCUGCACCCCCUGUGACCAGAAGGCAGAAGAAAGAGUCACGCUUUCACAGAAAAUCCCAGAAUAGAAAAUCUUUUGAGUUUGAGGAUGCUUCAAGUCUGCAGUCCUUGUACCCUCCCUCCCCAACCGAAAACGGGACUGAGAGCCAGCAUAAAUUUGGAUCCAAGAGCACUUUAGAAGAAAAUGCCUAUGAAGAUAUUGUAGGUAAGGACUUAUUGCAGCACGUGGACCCACGGCAGGAUGUUGAGCAGUUGUGAUCAGAAAAUGCACUGGUGAACGCGUCCUGUGCAAGAACAUUCAACUGCUGUUGGUAAAGAGGGUUUUAAAUGGAGGGUAAAUGAGCUUGAUGCAUCAGAGCAAACAUAACUCACAGUCUGCAUGCAGGAGGUCUUGAUUGCUUCGAACCUCAUUGAGCAGUAUUAGAAACAGAUUGUUUGGUCAACUUUUUCUCAUACUUUUCAAGAACUAAAUUGUUCUUUUUACCAAGGUCUUGGCUUGAAGCCAUGACAGGUGUAAAUUUAAAGAAGUGAAAUAGAUACAGAGUUUACAAACUGAUCCAAUGGCAAGAUUAUCCUCGCAGGAUUUGUGUAGUCAGCCUGAGCUUUUUAGGCUUUCUCUGUGGACUGCCCCAAAGCAGCUGUGAGCAGCGCCAUUCCUGGUCUCCUCU